GCUUGGCCCCUCCUUUUCCGUUUCCGGCAGCCGUCGCCCCGAGACGGUAACCGCUAAGGCUCGUGCUUGUCGUGGAGGUAGGCCGCCCGCCCGACCGGAUUAAGAGACCGAAGGUUGAAGAGAAAGGGGAUUUGGGAGAAGGAUUUUGCACAAUGUCUGCCCAUCUGCAAUGGAUGAUUGUGCGCAACUGCUCAAGUUUCCUUAUCAAGAGGAAUAAGCAAACAUACAGCACUGAACCCAACAAUCUUAAAGCCCGCAACUCCUUUCGCUACAAUGGAUUAAUCCAUCGCAAGACUGUUGGGGUGGAGCCAGCUGCUGAUAGGAAGGGCAUUGUUGUUGUCCUCAAGAAGCGUGCAGGCCAGCGGAAGCCAGCCACUUCCUAUGAGAAGAUCACCAUCAACAAAAAUGCUUGUGCUACUCUUAGCAGCCUCCGCCACAUCAUCCGCAAGAACAAUUACCGCAAGGACCUACGCAUGGCUGCCCUGCGUCGUGCCAGUGCAAUCCUUCGCAGCCAGAAGCCAGUGGUGGUGAAGAAGAAGCGGACCAGGGCUACCAAGGCUGCAUAAUAACUGUUGUCAAAUUAUCCAAUAAAAGUUUAGAACCAGA